AUGGCGCAGGCGCUGGGUCCCGACACCCCCUUCACGGCCAUCGCGGGCAGCGAGAUCUUCUCCCUGGAGAUGUCGCGCACCGAGGCGCUCACCCAGGCCUUCCGCCGCUCCAUCGGCGUCCGCAUCAAGGAGGAGACGGAGAUCAUCGAGGGGGAGGUGGUGGAGAUCCAGAUCGACCGCCCCGCCACAGGCACGGGCACGAAGGUGGGGAAGUUGACGCUGAAGACGACGGAGAUGGAGACGAUUUACGACCUGGGGGCGAAGAUGAUCGAGGCCCUGAGCAAGGAGAAGGUGCAGGCGGGUGACGUGAUCACCAUCGACAAGGCCACGGGCAAGAUCUCCAAGCUGGGCCGCUCCUUCACCCGGGCGCGGGACUACGACGCCAUGGGGGCUCAGACGAAAUUCGUGCAGUGCCCGGACGGGGAGCUGCAGAAGCGGCGCGAGGUCGUUCACACGGUGUCGCUGCACGAGAUCGACGUCAUCAACUCCCGCACCCAGGGCUUCCUGGCCCUCUUCUCGGGUGACACGGGGGAGAUCAAGCCGGAGGUGCGGGAACAAAUCAACGCCAAAGUGGCCGAGUGGCGCGAGGAGGGCAAGGCCGAGGUCAUCCCUGGGGUGCUGUUCAUCGACGAGGUUCACAUGCUGGACAUCGAGAGCUUCUCGUUCCUCAACCGGGCGCUGGAGAGCGACAUGGCCCCGGUGCUGAUCAUGGCCACGAACCGCGGCAUCACCAGGAUCCGCGGCACCGCCCACCGCAGCCCCCACGGGCUCCCCCUGGACCUGCUGGACCGGCUGCUGAUCAUCGCCACGGCGCCCUACGGGGACAAGGAGACCCGGCAGAUCCUCAAGAUCCGGUGCGAGGAGGAGGACGUGGAGAUGUCGGAGGACGCGUACGCGGUGCUGACGCGGAUCGGGCUGGAGACGUCGCUGCGCUACGCGAUGCAGCUCAUCACCGCUGCCAGCCUGGUGGCCAGGAAACGCAAGGGCACGGAGGUGGGGGUGGAGGACAUCAAGCGCGUGUAUUCCCUGUUCCUGGACGAGUCGCGCUCCACCCAGUACAUGAGGGAAUACCAGGAGGCCUUCCUGUUCAACGAGCUCCAGGGUGAAUCCAUGGAAACGCCGUGACCCUCCCCCCGCCCCUCCCCCACUUUGUACCAUAAACCCGAUUUGGAGUCGAA